UAUCCUCAUUUUUUCUUCUACUUCUUCUCUCAAAACAAAUAUUCAAAGUGUGUGGAGUUCAUUUUGUUCAGCUUCUUUCAAAAAAAAUUAAAGCAAAACUAAAGUAGGUCUGGCCGGGUUAAGGAUUUUGUUGAGUCGAUUAGGAGGAAGGUGUCGUAGGAAGAAAUUGAAGAUCAAAAUCAAAGUGAUGGAUGAUUGGUGGCAUAAAAUGGUGUUUCCUGUAAGGCGUGUUUGGUUUGCUGUUUCUGCUCGUGUUAAAGCUCGAAAAAAUGGUGCUGGACUUUUGAAGCUUCAUGACGAUAUACAAACCUGUGGUUACGAGGAUGUUCAGGUCAUGUGGGAAAUGCUUAGAAAAACCGAAUCAGAAGUGACAUCUCGGCACCAUAAACGCAAACGCAGACCAUUGUGGAGGAUAUUUGUAUGGUCCAAUCAUAGUUCUAACUCAUCCUUCUCCUCAGAACAUGCUCAUCAAUAGACAACUUGCUGCAUCUUCAAGAACAAUAAAAAGUGUCUGGAGAGUCAAGACAUGUAUGGCAACUUCCAUUUCUUGAACCCCAUAGGGUGGUGGUAUUUCAUGAUAUGGUAACAAAGCUAUUGUGUAUGUCCAUAUCAGCAUAGGAUGUAGUAUAUCUAUUAUACCUCUAUUAGCUAGCAUGACCAUAUGAGACUUAUCUAUGAUGGCGUCAGUUUGUAAAUAUUCCAUCUUUGUCAAGAGCCCCGUGAUCAUGUUUCAGCAUUAAACAGAGAAAAAGAACUGUGCAGAGCUCAAUUUUCCUCUGG